AUGCUGUGGGUGCCCCUGAGAGCCGCGAGGCGCGAGCGCCGGGGCCCCGCGCGCGCCGCCCGCCGCCGCCGCCGCACCACCAUGUCCCUGGAGUGGCUGACGGAGUGGAGCUGCUCCCUGGACGGGCUGCGGGACCUCAUCGCCAGCGGCAUCCAGUCGAUCCGGGACUGCGACGCCACGGCGCUGGCCGCCGUCGCCUGCCUGCUGCUGCUCUUCGUCUGGUACUGCUACCACGUGGGCCGCGAGCAGCCGCGCGCCUACGGCGCCGCCGUCAACGCGCUCAUGCAGGGCGCCGAGGCCAACGGGCUGCAGAACGGCUACGCGUACUGCCAGGCGCCCGAGUGCGUGCGCUGCGCGCACAGCGACGGCCUCAACCAGAAGCUCUACCACAACCUGCAGGAAUACGCCAAGCGCUACUCCUGGUCCGGCAUGGGCCGCAUCCACAAGGGCAUCCGCGAGCAGGGCCGCUACCUGAGCAGCCGCCCCUCCAUCCAGAAGCCCGAGGUCUUCUUCCUGCCGGACCUGCCCACCGUGCCCUACUUCUCGCGGGACGCUCAAAAGCACGACGUGGAGUUGCUGGAGCGCAACUUCCAGACCAUCCUGUGCGAGUUUGAGACCCUCUACAAGGCUUUCUCAAACUGCAGCCUCCCGCAAGGAUGGAAAAUGAACAGCACGCCCAGCGGCGAGUGGUUUACCUUUUACCUGGUGAACCAGGGCAUGUGCGUGCCCAGGAACUGCAGGAAAUGCCCACGGACGUACCGCUUGCUCGGCAGCCUUCGCACCUGCAUUGGCAACAACGUCUUUGGGAACGCUUGCAUCUCCAUGCUGAGCCCCGGCACCGUCAUCGCGGAGCACUACGGCCCCACCAACAUCCGCAUCCGCUGCCACCUCGGUCUGAAGACCCCCAGCAACUGCGAGCUGGUGGUGGGCGGCGAGCCGCAGUGCUGGGCCGAGGGCCGCUGCCUGCUCUUCGACGACUCCUUCCUGCACACGGCGUUCCACGAAGGUCCCCCGGAGGAGGGUCCCCGCGUGGUCUUCAUGGUGGAUCUGUGGCACCCCAACGUGGCAGCGGCCGAGCGCCAAGCCCUCGACUUCAUCUUCGCCCCGGGACGAUGAGCACGGCGCCUCGCUGCGUGCCCGACGCACGCGGCCGGCUCCCGGAGAGCAUUCGCACACGGGCAGCCUGGGGCUCCUGGCUCCUUGUAAAUGGAAACUUCCAACUGUAUUCAGUCCCCAUCUCUCUCUCCAUCCUCCGCUUCAGGGAUUCCUCUCACCAUGACGGUGCAUUAUUUCACUCUGUGGUUAGAUGCAGUACUACUGCAGUACAUGUUAUGUUGCUACUGUGUUUUGCAGUGUUCAGAUUUAGACUAACCAAUCCAAGGGUGUAUGUUUGAAUGUAAUAAUGUACAAAUUUCCGUGGACAUCAAAAGGCCACGCGCAGACAGCGCAAGCAAGGCGAGCGGCGCAGCGGGGCAUGCUCGGGCGGCCCGUGCUCUGCCCAGGGCAGCUCUCGUGCACGGGGCCGUGCUGCAUGUGUGCGGUGCCACCCAGGACACCCCGCGCCGCCAGCCCGGCCCCUUUGCCUUGACAAGUCACAAGGCAUUUGGAGGAGCCCCAAAUGCCGCCUCCCGGGGUGUCCCUGCAGCCGGAGCAGCGCAGGCAGCCCGGGGAGCGCCCUGCCGAGGGACGCGCCGCCGCAGCCCUGCGCUGCCACCCCACCAAAGGCUCUUCCAUUGCCCACAUCCCUCGCUUACCUGCAACUUUCCAUCUCCAGCACUGGAGGCUGGGAAGCCCCUGCAGUGGCAGGGAAGCCUGUUUGGGAAUGCAGAGCGCAGCUCUUGUUUUCCUGUGGACAAGGACAUUGAAGGGAGGAGGCCACACGUCCUCCUGCUUCCUGAUCCUCUCCUUUUCCUACAGCCGGAGCGAGCGUCUGGAGAGGGGCAGCUCCCGAAUCCCUGAUGCCAUAGGAGGGUUUUCAAAGGCAGGGGACAUUCGGGGGACAUUCACCUCCACAGCACAAGGACUG